CCAGGCCGCGCGGCCGCGCGGCCUCCCCCGCCCGAGGCCCCACUCGCGCGCUCGCGACCGAUGGCGCCUGCCCCCGCCGGCGCCGCGGGGCGGCGGCGCGCCCUGCGGGGCCGGCGGCUGGGCGCGGGCGCAGCCCUGCUGGUCGCGGGCUGCCUGGCGCCCGCUUUCGUGCCGGGCGGCGCCCCGGUGGGCGCCGGCCGCCGCGCCGCGCUUGCGCAGCAAGGCAUCCUGGCUGCUGUCCUGGCGGGCUCCCUCGCAGAGCCCGCGCGCGCGGACGAGGAGGAGAAGAAGCCGUCCAAGUGGAGCGGCAACUGGGAGGACCCGGAUGCGCCAGGCUGCAGGCGCCAGGUGAUCGUGAACUUCGACGGCACGAAGGCGGCCAUCCGAGGCACGGCCUCGCUGGGGAACCCGAACGUCGGGCUGGUGGACAGCAAGCCCGGCGUGGACCGGUCGGCCUGCAACCCGGGCGACAAGACCGUGAAGUGGUGCUCGCCGCGGAAGAGAACCCAGACCUUCCCCGACAACCUCCCAUGUCCAAAAAUCUAGCGACGCAGGGGUUCGGGCAAUGUCGGCUUCUGGGAUGAGAGGUUGCCCCCUUGGGGAGGGGUCGGUGCGUCUGGGGACUGCGCGUUGAAAACUACUCUGUCGGGUCUCGGGGAAAGGAGCCAUGGAACGGGCUUGGAAGGUCUUUUCGCUUUCCGCGUUCGGCCUCCUCUCUUGCCCCCCCAGGGCCCUGCUCUUAAGAGGCUCCCGUCGCCACGUCUGGACUCCACUUCGCAGUGCUUGCCAGAAUGAGCCCCCAGAGAGGUCCAGGGCCGAUUGGUCAGGGCUGUCGUGGGCAUGAAGGUUCCGGGUUCUGUAUGAGAGGGGUCCUGGAGAUCCAGGGGCGCUCCCCAGGCGCCAGGUCCACCGAGAGACGGGGCGGGAUGAAGAGCUGGUCCCGUGGAAGGCCCAGCGGCCCAGGAGUUAGUUGCACCAGGGCCUCCGUUGCCCUCAUGCCAAGGUCCGCCUACGCGACGCUAGAGUCUGCGGACGCCGACUCGAUGACGAUCGAUUUUAGCAAGGCUCGGGAUAAGAAAUGCAGUCCAAAGCCCUUCCCCUCGUUUUCUCCUUCUGAGCCCCCUGUGGGGAAACCUCGUCGCCACGGCUGGACUCGCCUCGGCGUGCUCGUCAGAGCGCACCUAGGGAACGAGAGAUCUGGGGGGAAGUGGUAUCUCACAGCAGGCCUUGAUUGGUAGGUCGACCAUGCCAAAUCGAGGGUACCCUUGAGUCCUGUCUAUCCAGACCUGUGCAGCCCGCAUGUCCUUCUGGUGUUCUGGGGCCACGCUGCCGUCGGAAGAGUGAUGUGUCCUCCUCGUGUGUCCUAUGCAAUCGAGUAAUCGAGCGUAUGCCAUCCCCCGAGAGGCGGGUGGCCCGGCGGACGUUGUCGUGAAGUGGAACGGCGGCCAGAUGCAGUUCCCAGACGGGGUGAAGUGGAGCAAGGCGCGGAAGUGAGGCCUUGGCGCCGCGGGCCUGCGCGUGGGGAUCCUUCGCGCGGGGCCCGCCGUCCGCUGUCCAGCGCCUGCUUUCCUCCUCGUCCUCCCCGUCUCCAUCC